AUGCCGGAGCUCCUUUUUUUACUUAACUAUAGUUGAAGUUUUAGUAAAAGUUUCUAUAUACAGUAUUAAAAACAUACAUUUUACUUUGUUUUUGUCCUUGUUGAUAAGAUUGUUUCGAAUUCCGCGAAAUGCAUGCUGGGUAAUAUGCUAACUAGCUGGCUUGGAUGUGUGCAGUGAGAGCGAGGAGACGGAGAUGCGCUCUGUGCAAAGUGCUGCUGUGUCCUUUUCAGCAUUUUUGGUAAAGUAAAAAAAUGGCAUCAGAAGACCUGCUGGCUCAGAGAAACAAACUCCAGCAUCAGAUUCUGGCUCUGGAGCAAACUCUGGGCAAUGACCAAAACAUUGUAGACCUCCUGUCUUCAGACAACGACAGUGCUGAGGAGUCUGAUGACAGUGGACACGCACAGGACAAUGUUGCACACGAGAACCUGGAAGCAGAACGACAGCAAAUACAGAAGGAGAUAGAAGAGUUGGAGAGAACCCUUGGUGCAGACGCAGCUCUGGUGGAUGCCCUGACAGACAGCGAACAUGGCAGUGUAAUAGAUUCUGGUGGUGAGAAGAGUGAUGACGAUUUGGAUCUUCCUCAAGAUUUGGAAACCUGUCUUCAGAUGAAUUUGGUUUAUCAGGAAGUGCUGAAAGAAAAACUAGCUGACUUGGAGAAGCUUCUUAAAGAAAACCGGGAACAGCAGAAAGAUCUUGAGGAGCAGCUCUCUGGUCCUUCAUACGUCAAUCCUGGCCUCCCUCAUCUUAAACUGUUCCUUGGCAGCUUUAUGAAACCGUAUUUCAAAGACAAGCUGACUGGUUUGGGACCUCCAGCCAAUGAAGAAACUAAGGAGAGGUUGACUAACGGGACGAAGCCAUGUGACGAAAAAACAAUAAGGAGAUGGGAGCCAUGGCAAAAAACAUUGCUUAUCAACUCCGUAGUUACAGACACGAUGAAACGCAUGCUGCAGCCCAAACUCUCAAAGAUGGAGUACUUAACUGCAAAGAUGGCUAAAGCAAAAGAGCCUGAGAAAGAAGAACUACAAAACCAAAUUACUCUCUUGGAGAAAGACAUAGAACGAAUAAGGUCAUUGAAGGAAGAUCAGCUGUAUGGGGAUCGCAAUGGUGAUCAUGAUUGGGACAAAAUAGCGAAUAUUGAUUUUGAGGGCUUCCGGCAACCUGAUGAUUUGAUGAGAUUCUGGCAGAAUUACUUGCAUCCCUCCAUUAACAAAUCAACCUGGAAUCAGGAAGAGAUUGCGAAGCUGGCAGAAGUUGCAGAAAAGCAUAAUUACUGCCACUGGGACCAAAUAGCAGAAUCACUUGGGACCAAUAGGACAGCGUUCAUGUGCUUCCAGACAUAUCAGCGCUACAUCUCUAAAUGUUUUAGAAAGAGAGCAUGGACUAAAGAGGAGGACCAGGUGUUCAGAGAUCUUGUGGACAAGAUGAGGAUCGGCAGCUUCAUACCAUAUACUCAAAUAUCAUACUUUAUGGAAGGACGUGAUAGUUCCCAGCUCAUCUACCGUUGGACGUGUGUUCUGGAUCCUUCCAUAAAGAAGGGACCUUGGACAAAAGAGGAAGACCAGUUACUGCUGAAGGCUGUAAAGAAGUAUGGCUGCAAGGAGUGGUGGAAAAUUCGCUUAGAAGUCCCUGGGAGGACAGACAACGCAUGUCGAGAUAGAUAUCUGGAUUGCCUUCGAGAUGAUAUAAAGAGAGGUGCCUGGAGCGAUGAAGAAGUGGAACUGCUGAAACAACUGGUAGAAAAACAUGGUGUUGGAAAAUGGGCUAAGAUUGCCUCUGAAAUUCCAAACCGCGUUGACAGCCAGUGUUUAAACAAGUGGAAAUGGAUGAUGCAGCUUGCUAAUAGAAAAGGUAAAAGGAAAAGAAGAAGGAGGAAGACAUCAGCAAGUGGUGCGCCGCAGUUGAAGAGGAGGCGUUUGCGUCGGAAAAAGGUCAGCAAAGAAGAGUUUGGGACUGAAAGCGACACCUCCGAAGAUGAAAAGGAACAAGUGCCGUACAUGGACGAUGUCGUUGAAGAGGAAGCAGUAGUAGAAGAAAAUGUCUCGGUAGAUGAGGACUGUAGAUUAGAGUACGUCCAGCCAGAUAUGAAGGAGUGGAUUCCAGCACGGAGGAACAAUCUGGGACAUUCUUUUGGAAAUCUGAAAACCACAUGGGUAAGAUUGCCAACUGAGGCAGAAGGGUGUGACAGCGGUUCUGUACACAUCACUGUGCUGGACAAAUUGGGGAACGCUGUUAAGACUUACGUCGGUAUGGAGCCACCUGCUUUGCAAAAAUGGAACUCAAGCAAUGAGCAUGCCAUGAUCAUGGUGUCUGAAUGUGACAUUAAAAGCAUGCUGAUUAGCAUGAAAGCAUCUGUCAUUAAAGCGAGGACACCAAAAACCAAAACAAGCUCAUCUUCAUGUACAAAUCAGAACAGUGCCGAAACCAACGAGGAGGUGGAUAAGAGUAAAAUGGAAAGCGGUCAGAGAAAAAGGCAGAAACCUAUUACCAAAGCUGUAGCCACCAAACAACUGAACUAUGAUCUCAUGUUAGCCAUCACUCCAUGGGUUGGCAAUGUGGUAAUGCCUUUAUCUUUCAGAGAGAGGCAGGUUUGUGAAGCGGACGUUGUUCGAAAUAGAGCAGCAGAUGUUCCGCUUUUAGUAUCACCAGUGUUUUUGUUUUUUCUGCAGGCCCUAAAAGUUGAUGUUGAUGGCUGCAAGAAAGUUAUUGAAGCCCGCAAAAACAAAGUGUCCAUGACACCAGGACCUGAAUCAAGACCGGAUUCAGUCAAGAAGCCCACUACAGGUUCCCGUCGCCGUGGUAACACCGUAGCGGACUUACUUGCCAAAAGAACGGAGCAAAGGAAACGUUAUAGGUCCCUUCAGUCCCCUGUGUUUGUCGACUCUUUGUUGUUUCCGCAGACAGCCAAAAUUGCAAUUCCUCGAAGGCCUCAGCCACAAAAGAAAACAAAACAGGUCAUGCAACCUGUUAAUCAGAAGCAAAAUGCUGCUGUGAUACCCCAGACUUUUGCCACUUCACAUAAUGUGACACAGGGAAUUUUACCUCUUCUACAGUUAAGUGAUACAUCAAAAAAUUAUCCACCUGUAGUCCUCCUAGCAAUGCCAGUAAAUUCUGGGGGUGCCACAGAGUCAGCAUCAUGUCCCACAACCUCAGCGUCCACAACUAAACCACCUACAGAGACAGUAGAGAAUGUGAGCGCCCCAAAACGCAAGCACAAACCCACAAUAAAAGCUCAAGCGUUGAUGGAAAAUAAAAGAGACAAGCUCUCCAAGAAAAAGCAGCUGGAAAAAAACAAAAGCCGAGCAGCUGCAAAACAACAAAAGGGAAGUGUACCCCAGACAGUGACUGUACUACCACAAACUACAGCCUGGAUUGUCACUCCUGCUGGUUUAAUGCCUGUUGCUGGAAUUCAGGUGCAAGCCCCUGGCAUCUCUGGUCCCCAAAACAAUCUUCAGAUGGUAUUUCAACCACCUGUCAUAGUCAACCCGAGUACUUCUGUUACACUUGAUGAUGGCUUGAAACUAAGCAAUCCAGCACCGGAUAUACCCGGAAAUAAUAUUAUAUCUCAGACUUCUGGAUCGAAUCGUGGUGAAAACUCUAGACCUUCCUCUGUCUCGGAUAACACUAACGUCUCCUCAUUUCCCUCUUCUUCUAACUUCCCCAGUGUCAAUUCUGGUGCUGUCGCAAAGAAACCUGGUGUUCUUCAAGCUCUAUCUGGCACAAAUAUGCCAACAUCUAUUACAGGAUCUGUAGCCCAAGUUACUUCUUUUGAAACUGCAUGUCAUGAAAACAAACCUGUGACUACCACGAACCCCAUGUCCUCUCUGGUUCGUGAUUCAUCCUCCAGUGUGGGAGCUAGUCAAAACCUUACAGAAUCGUGUAUUUCAGAUACAACCGACAGCAUUCCCAAAGUUUAUGCUGCCACAAGCACAUGUGUUCCUUCUGCCCAUCCCUUGAACAUUUCUGUUUCUGGUACUGUUUCAGGUCCUCAAAGCCAACAUCAUGUUUCUGAAGUUCAACCAAUCAUAGUAAACCAAAAUGGCUCUUUGGCCCCCAUAAACCCUUCAGGAGCCUGCCUAAUUAAUAAUGCACCUUUGACUCCUACUGCAAAUUUUACUAGGGUUUUAACUAACUCUACGUCACCUAAUAUCAGUGUUGCAGAACCCUGCUUAAUUAAAAAUGCCACGCCAACUUCUACUGCAAAUGUACCUCCACCUAACUCUACCAUAACUAAAAUCGAUAUGACUGUACCACCAUAUUCUACAAACAGCCCUGCUACAUCUUCAUCUUAUUUAAUAAUCCCCACUUCUGCAUCCCCCUCUGUGUUAAAUGCAAUUCCACCAUCCAGUAUUGUGAACAGUUCUGUUCCAAUCAGUGUAGGUGGCCAUCCAACAGAUCAGUUGUGUGUUAAUCCAGCUAUCACUCCUAUGAACACUAAUUGUCAAUUUCCGCCUCAGACUAUGGUGCAGCAGAUGACGUCCCAAGCCAAAAAGCAACCUGUUCAGGGAGAAGUUACCACACCUAAUCCCACACCAAAACCAAUUACUUUUGAUCCUAGCUUGAUGUUCCUUGAGCCACCAAGCCAAGUCAAUAAUUGGAGAAGGGGGAUGGGUGGAAUUAUACUGCCUAAUCUGAAAGACAAAAUACCUUAUCUUCCCCCAUUUGUUAGCAGUAUCAAUACACUGACCACCUUGCUUAAAGGACGAGAUUCUUUGUUGAUGUCAGCAGUACAGCUCCUACCCGAAGAACACAGAGAUUCCAGUGACGAUGAAGCCAAGAUAGCUGCUGUCCGUAAGAUAGUGUCUGAGAGGUUUAAAACCAACCAAGCAUAUUUGCUUAUGAAGGCUCGCUUCUUGUCAUGCUUUACCUUGCCUGCCCUCUUGGCCACUAUCAAUCCCAACAAAGAGUCGACUGAUGAUCUGGAUCAGGAAGAUGAUAUGGACAAAGUCGAGCCCAAACUAUUUGGAGAUGAAGCUCAACCACUGGGGUCUCUGCUCAACGUGGAAGAAGGUGAAUUAACAGCAACACAGUUUCCUGGGGUUGAACCAAGGAAUGACAAUCAUAUAAGUGCUACAAUAUAAUAAUAAUAAUAAUAAUAAGUAUUAUGUACAAAUAUAAAUGUUUAUUACUAGCAGCAAUUUAUUUGUAUAAUGUUUUGCCUGUGUGACUGUUCAGCUAAACAUCUUCUUAAAUAUCAAGUUUGAAAACAUGUAAUGUAUUUGUUCCCUGAGAAAUAUAAUACUUGAGUAUAUAAAAGGUACAUUACAAAUUAUUUCUUGCAAUA